GCCGUGGCUCGCUUUCAGGUGAGUUACAUCGCGGCCCUGAGGCCGUAGGGCGUUGGAGGAAAAAGACGUGCCGAACAUAACAAGAGGCAGAUCUCUCCCUCUCUCUAUAUAUGCCCCCCUGAUAACUUCAUCUCUCUUGCCUACCUCUCGAGUUUCACCUCUAUUGAUAACGCGCAAGCCGUUAUAGAUCUAGGAGCAGGCCAAUUCGUGCAUCGUCAUCCGCCAUGGUCCUCGCGCCGCAUCCCAACCCCGACGCCCCGGUGCUGUCGCACUUCAGCCUCGAGGGCAAGACCGCCCUCGUGACGGGAGGGUGCCGGGGCAUCGGCCUCGAGGUGGCGCGGGGUCUCGCCGAGGCCGGGGCCAAGGUCGCCAUAACGUACGCGAGCACGGGGGCGGCCGAGGCGGACGCCAUCGCGGGCCAGAUCUCGGCGGCGAACGGCGGCCGCGCCGUCAAGGCCUACCGGUGCAACGUGCGGUCGCGCGAGGAGGUCGAGGCCGUGGUCGAGGCGGCGGCGCGCGAGGUCGGCGGCGGUCGCCUCGACGUGCUCGUCGCCAACGCCGGCGUCGCCGCCAACGUCGCCGCCCUCGACUACCCCGAGGCCGAGUUCCGCGCCAUGUUCGACGUCAACGUCAACGGCGCCUUCUGGGCCGCGCAGGCCGCCGCCCGCGUCUUCGCCCGCCAGGCCCAGGCCGCGGCCGCCACCGGCGGCCCGCCGCACCGCGCCUCCGUCAUCUUCACCGCCUCCGUCUCCGCCUCCCUCGUCAACAUCCCCCAGAAGCAGGCCGCCUACAACGCGAGCAAGGCCGCUCUCGUACACCUGGGAAAGUCGCUCGCCGUCGAGUGGGUCGACUUCGCGAGGGUUAAUUCCGUGUCGCCGGGAUUUAUCGAAACCGAAAUGCUGGAUGUCCAUCCUCAAGAGUGGAGGAGCGCAUGGAACUCGAUGGUUCCAGGCCGCAGAUUCUGCAAGCCAGCUGAGUUAAAAGGGGCGUAUGUGUUCCUGGCCAGCGACGCCAGCAGUUACAUGACUGGGGCUGACCUGAUUAUCGAUGGUGGUUAUACUCUAACAUAAAGACAGCGAACACGCACACACACUUGCACUUGCACUUAAACUACAUGUCAGGUAGAUCUUAACUUGGCAGUGAAAAAGAAAUCCCAUUGACUAUCUAGAGUGCC